AUGCUGUCUCAAGCGGUGAGGCCCGCUCUGCGGACCGGUAGCACCGUCGUCGCCAGAGCUGCUGUCCCUCAAUCUGCCAACUAUGCCACCUUGCGAGAAAUCGAAGGGCGCCUCAAGUCCAUCCGCAACAUCGAGAAAAUCACCAAGACGAUGAAGAUUGUCGCUUCUACCAAGCUUACCCGCGCCCAGAAAGCCAUGACCGACUCCCGAACUUACGGCCAAGUUUCCAACAAGGUUUUCGAAGAGGCUGAGACCAAGCCUUUGGAAGAGAAAAAGACCCUGAUGGUUAUUUGCUCCUCGGAUAAGGGUCUUUGCGGUGGUAUUCAUUCUGGUCUCACUCGUGCGACCCGAAAGCUUCUCAGCGAGAACUCCAACCUUGACCUGGCUGUUAUUGGCGAGAAGUCCAAGUCUCAGCUCAGUCGCUCCAACCCCAAGAACAUCCAGCUGAGCUUUGCUGGCGUUGGAAAGGAUGUUCCUACCUUCGCUGAUGCGCAAGCCAUCGCCGACCAGAUCUGCCUACUUCCCGAGGAGUACGCUUCUAUCCGCAUUCUCUACAACAAGUUCAUCAAUGCGCAAUCCUACGAGCCUGUUGCGAUUGAGGCCUACUCCGAGGAGGCUAUUGCCAACUCUCCCAACUUCGCUGCUUUCGAGAUCGACGACGCGGUGCUCGGUAACCUCCGCGAGUACACCCUGGCCAACUCACUCUACUGGGCUUUGGCUGAGGGUCACGCUUGCGAGCAGUCUGCCCGCCGAAACGCCAUGGACAACGCUUCGAACAAUGCCUCGGACAUGAUCAGCAAAUUCACCAUUCUGUACAAUCGUACCCGUCAAGCCGUCAUUACCGGCGAGUUGGUGGAGAUUAUCACCGGUGCCACGGCGUCGGAGGACAUGUAG